AUGUCGCGAGAAGCCGAAGCAGUCGCACCGGCCGAGGCGCGCACGGACGAGCUCGCUGGCGCCAUGUCGGCGGCGCAGGUGAAGGACGAGCCGGCUCGCGAAGAGCAUGACGACGACGAGAACGACGACGAGCCCGAGGAUGUCGCGGCAGGCGACAGCGAGAAGAAGAAGAAAAAGAAGAAGAAGAACAAGAAGAAGAAGAAGGUGCAGCAGACCGAGCCGCCGACGAUCGGCCUCUCGAAGCUGUUCCCGAGUGGCGUGUACCCCGAAGGCGAGAUCCAGGCGUACGACACGAGCCACUUUGACGAGUCGCGGCAGCGCGUCACUGCCGAGGAGCUGCGCGAGCGCGAGCGCCUCGUGCAGCAGCAGGACGGCUUCGACUACAAUAUCAUCCGUCGCGCGGCCGAGGUGCAUCGCCAGGUGCGCCAGUACGCGCAGCGCACGAUCCGCCCCGGCAUGUCGAUGACCGAGAUUGCGAACAUGGUCGAGAACGGCACGCGCGCGCUCGUCGAGGAGAACGGCUUUGAGAGCGGCAUCGGCUUCCCCACCGGCCUGAGCCUCAACGAGGUCGCGGCGCACUACACGCCGAACGCAGGCGACAAGCGCAUCCUGCAGGCGUCCGACGUGCUCAAGGUCGACUUUGGUGUGCACGUCAAGGGCCGCAUCGUCGACAGCGCGUUCACAAUGAACUUUGAGCCGACGUGGGACCCGCUGCUCGCAGCCGUGAAGGAGGCGACCGACGCAGGUGUGCGCACGGCCGGCAUUGACGUGCGCCUCGGCGACGUGGGUGCGGCGGUGCAGGAGGUGAUGGAGAGCCACGAGUUUGAGGCGGAGGGCAAGACACACCAGGUCAAGUGCAUCCGCAACCUGAACGGCCACAACAUUGAGCCGUACCGCAUCCACGGCGGCAAGUCGGUGCCGAUCGUCGCGACGCCCGGCCUCAAUACCAAGAUGGAGGAGGGCGAGUACUUUGCGAUUGAGACGUUCGGCUCGACGGGCCGCGGCUAUGUCGUCGACCACGGCGAGUGCUCGCACUACGCCCGCAAAGUGACGCCGCCCAAGGUGUCGCUGGGCCUCAGCAGCGCGCGCCAGCUGCUGCACACGAUCAACAAGAACUUUGGCUCGCUGCCCUUCUGCCGCCGCUACCUCGACCGCCUCGGCGAGCAGAACUACUUGCUGGGCCUGCGCCACCUCGUGCAGCAGGGCAUCGUGACCGACUACCCGCCGCUCGCCGAUGUGCCUGGCUGCAUGACGGCGCAGUAUGAGCACACGAUUCUGCUGCGCCCGACGUGCAAGGAGGUGGUGUCGCGCGGCGACGACUACUAG